CGCGAUAACCUCUCCUUCUCGCUUCCUUUCGCUUCUGCGGCGCUCGGCCAGUGGUCGACUGCUGUCACUUUCCCUAUCUUCUCUUCUUUUCUCUGUCGCGAUAGGCUGGGCCGGGCUCUUCUAUCACCGUCAUCAUCGAUAGUUCACCUCAACAUCGGCGGCACUGCACCUAUUGUCACUGUCACCUCAGCCCUACCACGGUCACAAGCUAUCAGAUGCGAUAGCACACCACCACGCUUCACCACGCUCUCUUUCUUGAUCACCCGGUCCUUAUAAUAGCUUGCAGUCGCGACGUCUGGCUACGUCUUUCUUCGUGCGCAUAUUUCGUCCAUUAUUCACUCCGAGCGCUGCAGUGUAAUAAUCUGUUCUCCGGCAUUUCCGCCACCUCCACCACCCGACGGCUAGUCUAUUAUUAUUGACAUUCACCCGAUCCCGGUAUUUGGCACCGCCUCAGCAUUCAUAACUCCGUAAUCAUGCCCGACCAAAGGGAGCCGUUUAGUCCAACCAAGAUUCACCCGCUACUGUCCCCACAACGCCAGUCCUUCUCCGGCCUUAAUUCCGUGCAGUCGACCUUAAGCUAUUCAGUUGGCACUCACGCUCCGCAAGCUCCGCAACCCUCAACCACGUCUCAGGCAAACCUCGACAAUGCGCAUUCGGUAGCAACGACAGAAAUAAGCGGCGCGCCCUGCCCUGUGAAAUCUGACCGGCCUUCAAUCGCACAGCCUGCCGACGACACAACUUGCACAGAAGAGCAGCCCGUAGUGUCUUCGUCAUCAUCUAUAGAGAAUCUAACAUCUCUUCCCCAGAAGUCGUCAUUUCGCGAACAUCGCGAGCGCAAGCACCGCAAGAACGCCUACUCAAUCGACUCGAUACCCCGCCAAACUAUCAUCAAGGCACUGCAAUCCCGACGGCCCCCUCUGUCACAUGCGUCAAAGUCCCCAUCACUGGACUGCAUGAUCAUGGAGGGUCAAGCAAUGAACGAUGAAGCGCAAACGAGGAGCUCUUCAGACGCUGUGUCUCACCAACAACUUGCAGCGGCGCUCUCGGACUUGAAUUUUAAUGCCGACGAUUUAUCUGCGAGCAAAAUGGCUGCGCUGGCAUCGCCAUGCUUUUUCCACAAGAAAUUCGACAAGGCAGUCAACCUUGAGAAAGUCCUAGACGAGAUACAAGAAGACGAUACAAUAUCGCACUCCCGUUUAAUGCAAACUGCUACUAGUGUACGCGAGGUCUCGAAACAGCUGCAGCGCCGGCCGAUCAGGAUGACGGUCCGCAAUGUUAUGAUUGUCACCAAGGCGCGGGAUAACGACCUUGUCCACCUCACAAGAGAGCUAACUGAGUGGUUGCUCUGCACCCCUCGAUACGGCUCGGACCUCGGGGUGAACGUCUAUGUAGACCACAAGCUCCGUAAGUCAAAACGCUUCGACAUGGCCUCCCUCCUCGCCAAGGACCCACGAAUCGAGGGUAUGCUCCGGUUCUGGACUCCCGAACUUUGCUGGACCUCCCCAGAGAAGUUCGACCUAGUAUUGACACUUGGUGGUGACGGCACUGUGCUAUACACAAGCUGGCUAUUCCAACGCAUCGUCCCUCCUAUUCUAUCGUUCUCCCUGGGAAGCCUAGGGUUUCUCACAAACUUUCAGUACGACGAGUACAAAGAGGCCCUUUCCAAGAUCAUGGGUGACGCCGGUAUGAGGGUGAACCUCCGCAUGCGCUUUACAUGUACAGUGUAUCGUUACCAGCGAAAUGCUGCCCCUGGCGGCCCGCAACAUAUUGAGGCGGAGCAAUUCGAGGUCUUGAACGAGCUUGUUAUUGACCGUGGACCAUCGCCUUAUGUUUCGAACCUGGAAUUGUAUGGUGAUAACAACCUCCUUACUGUUGUCCAAGCAGACGGUUGCAUCUUCUCGACUCCUACAGGCUCCACCGCUUACUCCCUUUCCGCUGGUGGUUCUCUCGUACACCCAGACAUUCCUGCCAUAUUACUCACCCCCAUCUGUCCCCACACCUUGAGCUUCAGGCCCAUGCUUCUGAACGACAGCAUGCUCCUUCGCGUUGCCGUUCCUCGGAAUUCUCGAGCUACAGCUUACUGCGCCUUCGAUGGCAAGGGCCGCGUAGAGCUUCGACAAGGCGACCAUGUCACGAUCGCUGCUUCACAAUAUCCCUUCCCUACCGUGCUUUCCCAGCCGACCGAGUGGUUCGACUCGCUGUCACGCACCUUGAGGUGGAAUACCCGGGGUGCUUCGCAGAAACCUUGGACUGGCGACGAGAACGAUGGAGAACAGGCGGAGCAAAAAGCGACUGGUUUCGAUAUCGAUAUUGACGACGAUGUUGAUCGCGAUUCAGGAUACUCUGCAGAAGGAUCCAGUGCUGGCGGUCGAGAGAGCCCGAUUAGAAAGGGGAUCGUUCUUCCAUUUGCAUAGCAUAGACCGAGUACAUGCAGCCAUGUAUGCUGAAGAGUUUAGUGUGACACUUGUGGAGAGAGUGGGGCGUUUGUGGAGAGCGGGGUGUAGUGGUAUCAGGGUCUCAAGGAGUUCAACUGGGAUUUUCUCUUGCUCCCUCUCGGGCAGGUCCCAGCAGUCCACUUUAUGGGAGGAACCUUGACUCUUCUCGUUAUUUGAUUUUCUUUUGUCUUGCCUUCUCAUCUUCGAUGAAUAUAUUAUGGCCACCUCAAAUGAUAUCCUAGAAUUUUUAGAAAUUACAUAGAGGUAUGAGGCAGAGUAAGAUGGAUGUGGAGACGAAUGUAGAAGUGUUGGAAGCAGAAGACGAUCCUAUCAGUUGUUGGGAGGCAGACAUGGUUGAGAAUUUU